UUUCUUUUUUGUGCGUCAGUGCGCUGGGAGGAGUGGCUCCGAGCUCCUGUGUUUUUAAAGAGAUGCUGUAACGUUUGAUCCUCUGAGGAUUUGUGCAGACAUGGAGCUUCUGCCACUUCUGUUUCUGAGCUUCUGUUUCCUGACUUCUGUUUCCGGACUGACGUUUGCUGCUGAAUCCGGGACACCUGUGGCCAGAGUGACUGUGAAAGAAGAUGCUGAUGCUAUUUUACCCUGUUCCCUCGGCACCAGUGAGACCAUUGAGUCAAUGGUGUUUGACUGGAAGAAAGACGGAAAGCAGGUGUUCACGUACAAUAAUGGCACACAUCAUAAUAAUGACCUUGAAGAUCAGUCUGCAGAGUUCAAAGGUCGAGUCUCACAUUUUCCAGAAGAGCUGAAGAAUGGCAACGCCUCCAUAAAAAUAACAGACACUAGGCUAGAGGACAAAGGAAACUAUAUUUGUAUUUUUCCAAAAAGUCAGUCUGGUGGUAUAAGAUUCCACAUUGAGCUUGCUGUUGAGCCCAUAUUAAAGGUCCGAAGCAUCUCAGGAGCUGCAGAGCCUUCUGUCACAAAUCUUGAUGAAACAAAUGACUGGGCGCUCCUUAAGUGUGUUGUUAAAGGUGCUUCCCCCAAACCUACAGUCGAGUGGUGGGACAGUAACAAUCAAACCAUUCCUUCAGAGGAGCCACAAGUCUCUAAAAAAGGAGAGCGCUUCUUCAUCACCCUCAAAACUAAUGUGACAAAGACCGACCGCUAUCACUGUGUCGCCACACAGAAGGAAAUCUGGCAUCAGGCACAUACGGAAAUCAAUGUGCGUUUGAAUGUUCCAGAACCAAACACUGGAUGGAAGAUUGUAGCUGGUGUUGCUGUUGCUGUUGCUGUUGUUCUUGCUGUUGUAGUAGUUGGGAUUCUUCUCAGGUGUUACAUCAAGAAUAAAAAAAAAAGACAAGAAGAAACAGAAUCCCCCCUUCGAGAAACAGAAAAUCAACACUGAUCAAAGUGAACCCAAAGUGUGAAGUACAGUGUGUGUGUAGCUUAUGUGUUUGUUUUAUGAGAACCAAGUUAAGCUUUUGAGCAGAACAGUGACGACAUGUUGGAUUAUUUUUGGUAUUUUCAGCAGUUUAAAAGUUCAGAACAGAUUUUAAUCCUGUGGUUUAGCACAUGGUUAAAUGUCAGGAUGGAGGGAUGUAGCCAUUUUUGUUAUACUUUAAUCCUAAUCACCCCAUAUUUUUAUAUAAAAAUAAAAGUAUAAAUGACUCAGUGCUCAAUACUUGAUACACAAACCCCAUUCAAAAACAAAUUUUGUCACAUUCACAGUACAACAUAUAGUGAAAUGCUUGUGUCCUGAACUGCAGACGUAGCUGCGCCAUUCCAGGGCUGGUUUUUAGCAUGGGGGAUGCCAGGGCCGUGACUGGAUACCAGGUGGGUAUCCUGUAAGGAUACCUACCUGGUAUCCAGAGGUGUGUAGUCUUACCACUACACUAACUAGCUGCCUGUCUAAUGGCAUCUUUUCAACAUUGAAACAGGGCAUUUGGGGAUUUUUUUUUUCUAUUUGAAUGAAAACAGAUGCAGUGCAUCAAUGCUUUCUUCAUGAAAUAAAAACUGUUGUAUUUAUUCCAUAAGAGAUCAGAGGUGGUCCUCCUGUUUUUUCCUCUUCUGCAGCAGUUUAAUAGGACGGAGCAGAGAAAUGGCUCCACCUUCUCUUGGUACAUAACAUGUUACUAAUAAAGAAAACUACUUUUACCUGCUCCGUUGCCACAGCGGGUAGCGCCGCAUGUUUGAUUUGGACACACAAUCAAUACUCUGGAUGGAUUUGUGUUUCCAGCUGCGCUCAUAUUUCAGUAAAUAUUUAAAUAAUAUUUAAAAAGAAAUUUGUCUGAUAACAGCAAAUAACAACUGUAGAAUGCUCCAAACAAGGAAAACGUUUUUCUUUUGUUUUCUAACCCUAAACGUACAUUAAUUAUGACCCUGAGCUGGUCUGUCAGUGCGCCCCAGGGUGGCUG